GUAUGUUAUGUAGCUGUCUAGGUUAACUAGCGAAUAAACGAGGUGAACCCAUUUUUAUAACUAGCUAACUCUACCUGGCUAGCCAAAAAAGCAAAGAACGUACUGUUACAGGACUGGAGGAAAUGCAGAACCUAAAGUAGAGGCACUGAAGGAACAAUGCUCCUCGUGGAGAGAUCACCCUAUGAUGACGUGCUGCAACUGAAGACACCCAAUGAAAGAACACCAACAGACAGCAAGGAAACAGGUGCCAUGGAAAACAAGGCAAAUGGCUCAGUGGACAACAAAAGCCUCAUGGAGAAUGGGCAGCUGCCUGACCCUGCAGACUGGGCUGUCACUGAUGUUGUUAAUUAUUUCAAAGCUGCGGGAUUUGAUGAGCAGGCCAACGCCUUCCAGGAUCAGGAAAUUGAUGGCAAGUCCCUGCUGUUGAUGACUCGUAAUGAUGUCCUGACUGGAUUGUCAAUAAAAUUGGGCCCGGCUCUAAAGAUCUAUGAGUAUCAUGUGAAGCCGCUCCAGACCCAGCAUCUGAAGAACAACACGUCAUAGCAUCAUAAGCAGGUCUGCCCUGAGGAAGACAAUCACUGGAAGAUGCAACAAGUUGACCAUGCCCAAACCCAAAGGAAAUUAAAAAAGAUUAGACUUCUGUGGUCUCAUCUGCAUCUUAUGCAAUUAAAACUAUACUUUCUAUCCAUUCAUGAGAGAAAUGGAUUCUGCUGGUACAAAACCUUAGACUGUGGAAAGAUGACGUCUGUCUUUAUUGACAUUUUUCCCUCCACUUUGUGAGACAUUUAAGUGAGAAGAGCAUUCUCCAAGAUUUUUUUCAUUCUUUUUUCAGUUGAGUUUUUCUUUUGGCCAAUUUUAGGCCAGAACUUUGUAUUUAACUGCCACUAAAACAAAGAAAGAUGUAAAUAUCAUGUGAAUUUCAUUUUGUGUUGUGGGAGAUGAUUUGAUGUUACCAGAUUAAAAGAUGUGAUUUUUUUUUUCUGGAAACUCUCAGAAAUUAGGAUGGAUACUUCGCAGCUACUGUCUAGGAUUGUGAACUGUAUGUGUCAGCAAUGAUGGGCUAGACUGAAAUCUGUUUUGAAAGUCACCAAAGCAAAUGAUCUCUUACUGUAAGGCGCAGUGGUGUCUGGAGUUGCAUUUCUUUAAUCAGUCACUGUACGGAGCGUGUGGGUGGAGAAUGGGAGCUGGAUCCUGCAUAUUUUAUCGUACUAUCACUGACGACAUUUACACACAGGUAAUAUUCGAGCUACUUGAGAAUUCUGAGUACCGAUAUGUGAAUUUCAAACCAAUAUUCAGAGUAAAUUGUUUACACGUAUGCAAAAUUGUAUAUCAUACUCAUUACUACAGCUUACAAGCAGACAGUGAUUGGAUUGAACUAUAGCGUGACAAUAUGAGGUCACUUUUAGAAUGGACAUAAGUAGUCAACAAUGAACAAACAGGAGUGGUGCAUUCAUUCGUUUUUCAAAUAUCAUUCAGACAGUCGCAAGACAUAAGAGCUUGAAUUUGAUGCUUGCAUUAUUACAUGGUGCCGUCUCCUAUUUGGGAUUAUUGACAUUUUGACAAAUUUGGCCUUCAUUCAUAGGUAUUACUGUAGUAAUAGUGCACAACUUCUCACUAGUCAUUUGCAGUGUUUACCUUAUUUAGUGUUGUAUCCAGUUUUUUUUUUUUUGCACAAUGUACAUGCACGUAUACAUUAAAUUAAUCCAAAGGAGUAAGAAUUUUGAAUAUGAUGAUGUUUAUGUGACUAGUGCUAUCAGAUGGAAUACAAAGAGUAUCUCACUGCUCAUAUUCCAAACCAUUGCAUCAAGAACACUGUCUUAUUCAAAAUAUUUUUUUUAAGAAUAAGCUGUUCAUAUCAUGAGGGUCAUGUGUAAAUACUGAAUAUUCCACCUAAUAAUGGGAUUUUUUGGUGCAUGUAAAUGUGACCACGAUUCUUAUUCUGUUGUCUGAGUCUCCUACAAAUAUUGUGCUUUUAUGCUUUGAUCUGAUCUAAAUUCCCAAAUUUCAGCCUUGUUUGUGUUGUUACGACUAGUGGUGCUUUGAUUGCUGAGGGGUACUUCACAGACCAUGGUUUUAUAAUUAUCAUUUUAAUUUUCUGAGGUUUGUCUUUAGUAAUUUUAAUCAAAAUUAGGCUUUAUGUGCUCAUUCAGUCACUAUGCCUAGUCUUAUCCCCUCGCCCACCCUUGUAAAUACAGUAUCUGGCUGAAUCAUAUCACACUCCUGAAGGUCAUCUGUUGCUUUUUAUUUUGUUCAUUGAAAUAUGGCAGACUUCAGUAACAGUGAAAAGGACCAGUAGCUUUUUUGGCCUUUGUGCAGAUAAAUGUGUGAAUGAAUGCUGUGCAGCUCCUUAGACUUCGGCAGGUGCUGGGCAGCUUCUGUGAUCAGUUUGCCGCACUACAGGCAGUCUAAAUCUCCUAUGUCAAUGAGUCGUACUCAGUGCUGUUGAAAAGGUCGUCACUGACAGUGCAGCACAUUUCAACAACAGUAGCAUGACCUUAAUAAGGGUAACAUUGUACUGCAUGGUAUAAUCUCAUCUUGAUUGCAGCUCAGAGAAAUAAAGUUUUGUUAGAUGUGCAAAUCUAAUGGGUAUAGAUGGGACUCAUGUCAUGGAACUGAACUUAAUGUGUGUUUUUAGAUGGUAUCACUGAGGGUGGUUUGCUUUGUUUAAUAUUGAAAGAGUUAGAAAACACAGGCAUCAUUAGUGUUGUUCAUCAUAUGGCACUCAGAAAGUUAGGGUUGCCGUCUAUUACCUUGUAUAAAGGGCUCAUUGUUAGUUUCCCUGUCUAGUUUUUAUAUAUAGUAUAUAUUUCUA